AUGGCAUCUUGUAAUGAAUCCACUCUGUAUAUCGCGGAGAAUAUUGCUGUUGAGCAACUUGUGAUUCUUUCGCUUGAUCUUGGGGCGGAGACGUACACCCUCUUGUCGCCGCCUAAGGGUUUUGAUGAAGUGCCUUGUGUUGAGCCAAGUAUUGGGGUUUUGAUGGACAACCUAUGUUUUUCUCAUGACUUAAAGAGAACCCAUUUUGUUAUAUGGCACAUGAAGGAGUUUGGGGAUGUAGAGUCUUGGGUUCAAUUACUAAAAAUUAGUUAUCAGGAUCUUGAUUGGGAGCCCCUUGAUGAAUACGUCUUUGUUACGUAUCAAUUAUUUCCACUAUGCCUUUACAAUGGUGAUACACUCGUAUUGGGCAGUUUUAGAGAUGAUCAAGCAAUACUGUAUGAUAAGAGAGCUAAUACAGUUGAGCGAACUACACUUACAACUAAAAGUAACAAUAUUCUUUUGCUCUCUGAUUAUGUUGAAAGUUUGGUAGCAAGAAUUGGGGGAGUGUUUACUAUUUCUACACCUGAUAAUGAUAUUGCUAUAGAAUCUAUUUUUAACAACACAACCCUCAUGUCAGCUAUGGUGCAGGCUUCUAUUCAUGGUAUCCUGGUGGAAAUCAAUUUCUUUCUCUGUUCAUAG